AGGUGGCGUCGCAAAAUGGCGAAUACGAUUAACGUCCCAUACACUCCUGAACAAGAUGGCAUCGCAAAAUGGCGAAUACGAUUAACGUCCCAUACACUUCUGAACAAGAUGGCGUCGCAGAAGGAGCAAACGGAUCAAUAGUAGGAGCAGGACGGUAGACAAGAGAAGAAAAUACCGUAUGAACUGUGGUACGGGAUACCGUCAGAUUUGGAAAAGUUUAGGAUUUUUUGGUACUGUGUGUUUUGCACACAUACCUGCGGAAGACAGAAGGAAAUUGGACAACAAGGCUAACAAGGGAAAACCGGUAGGCUAUCUGGAUGACGGACGAGGUAAGAAAUGUAAUAUUGAGCAGUAACGUAAUAUUUAAGCCCGAACCAGAAACUGAAAAAUUCGUUAAUUUAAGUUUACCGAAAAUUGUCGAGCGCGAACAUGUGUGUGCACAGAGUGAUAGAGUAUGUACGUAUGAAAGUGCAGAGAGUGAACCUGAAAGUCAACCUUUUAGAACUAGCGAGAAUGUGAGACAAUUGAUAGAUAGAGGUAAGAUCAACCGAACCGAUUUUUAUGGUAGUCCAGUAACGUACGCAACGGAAAGAUUACCAGGGGAUUUUAACGAAACGAUGAGAUCCGAAAAGAAAGAGUUAUGGGAAGAGGCUAUAAAUGAUGAAAUGAAAUCGCAGUAUGAAAAUAAGACGUGGGUUCUUGUAGGAAAACCAAGAUUUGAAUAUUUAAGACAAAAGUUAGAUUUGAAAAAUAAAAAAGAUGUUAAGAGGUAA